AUGGCUCCUAUAAGAUAUGCCGUUGUAGGCACCGGGGGCCGCGCCGCCUUCUUCUACAGCGCCAUCGUAAGCGAUUUCAAGGAUACAGCCACGCUUGUGGCUUUUUGCGACACAAAUCAAACCCGCAUGGAUGUCGCCAAUAGCCGAGUUCAAGCGCUAGGAAUAUCACAACUACCAACUUACAAGGCCGCCGAUUUUGAUCGAAUGAUUCAAGAGACAAAGCCAGAUACAAUAAUCGUGACCACAAUUGAUCGGACACAUCACACCUACAUCAUCCGGGCAAUGGAGCUUGGCUGCAACAUACUCAGCGAAAAGCCAAUGACGAUCGAUGAGAACAAAUGCCAAAUGAUCCUUGAUACAGUCAAGGCGACGAAUCGCCAAUUGCGAGUCGCGUUCAACUACCGAUAUGCGCCACACAACACCAAAGUCCGCGAACUUUUAAUGGACGGCACAAUUGGAAAGGUGACUUCUGUUCAUUUCGAGUGGAUGUUAAAUACUAGACACGGCGCGGAUUACUUCCGCCGCUGGCACCGAGAUAAACGCAACAGUGGUGGACUGCUCGUUCAUAAGUCCACCCAUCAUUUCGACCUGGUCAAUUUCUGGCUUGGAAGUAAGCCCACCACCGUGUUUGCGCAGGGUGACCUGAAGUUCUACGGUAAAGAGAAUGCUGAACUUCGCGGAGAGACGAAAUUCUAUUCUCGGGCUCACGGUAGCCCCGCCGCUGUAAACGACCCAUUUGCCCUACACAUGGAGCCGAAUCCACAGCUCAAAGCUAUGUAUCUUGAUGCCGAGCAUGAAGAUGGAUACUACCGUGAUCAGAGUGUUUUCGGAGAUGGGAUCAACAUCGAAGAUACCAUGGGUGCUCUGGUGACCUACCACUCAGGUGCGAUUUUGACCUACAAUCUAGUCGCCUAUUGCCCGUGGGAGGGAUUCCGAGUCUGCCUUAAUGGAACAAAUGGUCGACUGGAGAUGGAUGUUCUCGAGGAGUCAUAUGUCAAUGCAGGCGGAGAACAAGCCAAAGAAGGCGCUGUUGCAAGCACGAAAAUCACGGUCAAUCCUAUGUUCGCGCCGCCUUAUGAGGUUCCGGUUGUCGAAGGAGAAGGUGGUCAUGGGGGUGGAGAUCCUGUGCUGUUGAAUGAUCUCUUUGGAAAUCCUGUUCCGGACAGAUUCAAUCGUGCUGCGUCGCAUGUCGAUGGAGCUAUGUCUAUUCUGACGGGUAUCGCAGCUAAUAAGGCAAUUCGUACCGGGCAGGUGGUGCAGGUCAAAGAUCUAGUGCAAUUCUGA